CGUUUACCUUGCUGCAUGCGCUCUGUUUUGCGUUGCUCUCGAGUUUCUGCUCUACUUUCAAGGUUGCCAUUUGCUCUUUCAACCUUUCUUCCCACACUACCUUACCAUACCUUACCGAUCGAUACCUUAUUCUAAUUCGCCUUGCGCUUUGUCUCUGCUGCAACCGCAGCUGCAACUGCAACUGCACCUAGCCGCCCUUUGCAUCUUGUCCCACGUCUUCUCUGCGGCAUUUGCUUUUUCUCUGCAUCCACCACCGUCAGAAUAUCCCCUUUUGACACGACAUUUCAUCCUCCCACCCUGCCAUGCCGUGUCGCAUCCACCGCCUGUCCGUACAUUGACGCUUGAAAGACGACGGAUUGGAAGAAACAAGAACCCCUUUCUUCCUUUCACGCCCCUCUACCACAAUAUCUCACUAUCAGCCUGCGACACAUUCCUCGACCGUCUCCAAUACUUUCUUUAUUCACCACCCCAUCUCUUGAACCUGAACCUGAACCACACGCAGUCCAGUUCGCACACCCGCCCAACCUUUAACCGGCAUCCUCCAAAUAAAGAAAGCGAGAGAAAGGUUCUGCGACAAUACGUAUUUAGGUUGGCUUUUGGGUUUCCGCCUUGGUUUUGGGUACGAGCGUAUACCUGAUUGGAUUGGCAUUCUGUCACACACGUCAGGCGAGUGUGCCGUACGAAGAAGGAGAAGAAGAAACGUUCAGCUGCCACUACCCCCGACCGAAUUGAAAGACCCGACCCUCGAACUCGACCUCGACCUCGGCCUCCUUCUCGAUUUCGACACUCCCUUUGUUCGCUGCGCCGCGUUUCUGUUCCUUCGACAGCCUGCCGCUCAUCUACGCGCGAACAUACUCCCAUACAAAACUUGCCCAGGUCUACCAUGAAUGGUCGCAAUGCGCCUCUCUCACCUGUCUCUCUAGGUGGAAGCGAGUGGUCUGUUGGCAAAUACCCGAACAUCAACGACGAUCCGUACGCAAAAAACCGCGGCAACAUCGUAUCACCCCCGAAUUCAGGAGGCUCCAACGGGGCCAUGAAUGGCAAUUUUCCUCCCGGUCCCCGGAGUGCCGGCGGUCCCUCACCGCCGCCCUCUGUCGGCCGAUCCAGCAAUGGCACCAAUAUGUAUGCGAGGAGCGAGAGCGGACGGAGUAUCCGCGAGGAGCAAGCCGAGGGCAUACUGGGCGAGCAUUACGUCGCUUUGAAGAACUACCUAAAUGGCGGUUCAGGCGGGAAACCAACACCCCCGAAUAAGGCCCGCGACAAGCUGUUGCGCCUGUCGUCUGUCCAGUUUCUCGAACUCAGUACCGAUGUCUUUGACGAACUUUUGCGGAGACAAUCCCUCGGUCGCCGACCUUCGGGUCCUGGCGGUCAGGGGCCACCCCCUUACCUGAUGCCCGAAUCCAACUUCCACCCCAAACGCAACCAGGCCAGGCAAAAACUGUCAUCCCUUGGCCCCCCGCGCUUUCGUGAUCUUGCAACAGACGUCUUUUGCGAACUGGAGAGAAGGUUUCCCCGCUUUGCCGCUGGAGACAUCCUUAGAGUGGGUAGCCCCGUAUCGGUCCGCUCGCAGGCAACAGUCAACGGGAAUGGCUAUCCAAGGAGUCAAAGUCGGAUGAGACGGCCCUCAGACGCGAGCUCUAUGAGAGGUGGACCACCACCGCCCGACCCUUACGGAGUGCCUCCAUCCCCGGGUAUGCCUCCGAAUGGCGACUACAACCGGCCUAUGCAGAAACAAUUUCAGAGCAAUACAAUCGUGCCGAACAAAAGUACAAUGGUGGAAGAAGACGACGAUGGCAGCCCGAACGAAGACGAGGAAGCUUUCGGCCUCGAACGAACCGCGACUAAUCGUAGCAAGAGAAGCGAAGUCACGGAGCGGAGCGCGGUAGCAUCAGAGGCCGACAAGAAGCUUUUGGACGAAUACCAGACUCAAGUGCGCGAUCUGCGCGAAAAGCUUGAUGUUAUGGAGGAUGCGAUGAAGAAGAAGGACGACGAAUUGAACAGUGUACUGGAUGGAGAAAGAUCACGGUCAACAGCCGCGAAUAUGGAGAAGAAGGAAUUUAGCGACCUGCGCCUUGGCCUGGAGAACAAGCUCGCCGAGGCUCAAGAUCUUAACGCGUCGUUGAAGCAGGAGCUGGAUCGCAUGCGGGACGAACACGCCAACGAAUCUCGGCAAUUAAGAGACCAGAUGGAUGAAUUGCGCUUGUCCAGUGCGGCCGCAGGUGCAGCCAACUCUGGCAAUGCAGAUAGGGAGCUGCAAAUGGAAAACCAGCAACUUCGCCAAUCUCUACAGGAGCAGCAACAAGUUACGGAAGAGGCUCGACGCGAGGCUCGGGAGUUCCUCCGCGAAAUGAAGAUGCUUUCACAACAGAGCGGUUCAACUUGGCAAAAGCAGGAGGAGCUGGAGAAGACGAUCGAGCAGCUGGAAGAAGAGGUUCGCGACUGGCGCAAUCGCUACGCACGAACAAAGACACAACUUCGCAGCAUGCGUGCCUCCUCACUGGGACUAACCGUCGAGCAAGAUGCCUCAAAGUACAUCAGAGAAAAGGGAUUUGCACAGGACGGAGGCGCAGUUAAGGAUGUUCACGUCACCAAAUUCCAGAUCGCCAUCGACGAACUCCUCCAACGCGCGCGCGCGGGAAACCCGGACACCGUCAUUGACGCUAUGAAGCAAGUCGUUGUCAGCGUUCGCCGAAUUACUAAGGAUAUCGACGAGGGUGUCGCUACCAACGAGGAGCUCGCGCAGCAGCGUUCCAAGCUCAAGGGCAAGAUCUCUUCGACGGCCAACCACCUCAUCACGACAUCCAAGAACUUUGCUUCAUCGGCAGGCAUCACGCCAGUCUCCCUCCUCGACGCCGCCGCCACUCACCUGGUUGCCGCUAUUGUCGAUCUCCUCCGAGUUGCAAAGAUUCGAUCCACGCCCGCUGGCGAACUCGAGGAUGAGGAUGACGGCACAAUCACUCCCGUUGACUCGACCGGUUUCUUCUCCCCUAGAACGGCCUCGAGACAAGAGUCGAUCAUCCAGGAGUCUUUGCCGCCACUGGGACAGGCGCCCGCACCAUUUCGUGGGCUUGGCGGUGGCCGAACCAGUAUGGACUCCUCCGCUUACAGCCCCAUCAACUCCCCUCGCCAGUCUGCGGACGCCUACAACCAAGCCCGAGGCGCCAAUGGCAUGAAUGGUAUGAACGGUAUGAACGGGAUGGGUGGGUUCGCGAGCAUGAAUCAGAACGGGCCAGCCAAUGGUUACGGUAACGGCAUGCGACAACAGGACAAUCGGGCUGAAGAUCUCAAGAUCUAUCUCGAGGACCAGACCGCGAUCUUGGUUCAAAACAUCCAGAACCUGGUUGGCUCCAUCCGAAGCGAUGCCGCCAUCAACCAGAUUACAUCCGAGAUCAACGGCAUCGUAGAGGUUGUCGACAAGGUCAUUGGCGAAACCGAGGCAUCUGGCAACGGCAGCAUGAUCACCAGACUUGUCGCUUGCCGGGACCGCCUUUUGGAAGCCAGCGACCGUGGUAUGGACAUUGACCGCGGCCAAGACGUCGGUGCCACCGGGCGCAACGAUCGCGAGUGGAGGAUGUGGACGCAGACCCUACCGCCCAUUGCUUUCGAAAUUGCUCGGGAGACCAAGGAGCUGGUCCAGCGCGUCGACCGAAUGGUCAGCAACGGAGACGACGACUUCUCUUAAACUCGGUUUGAGGCCUAGAAAAGUUUCGAAUCCGACCUUCCCCUCCAAAAGAUGCGUAUAAUCUUGAAACGACAACACCACACAACCCUCUCCUUCAUCACUGGAAGAGAGUUUUGAUACCCC